AUUGGACUUCGUGGGUUUUUAUUACGGAAAAACAUAAAUUUGAAAACGUGGUUUCAUGCUGUUUCAUGUUGUUUUCAUGCUGGAAUACAUGAUGAACCGAUUAGCAGUUAGUCGGUGGACUACGGCAGGGCAUUGCAGUAUUCAUUAUUUAAAUUCAAAUUAUUACUAAAAAUAUAUUUCUUGGUGAUGAUUACACAAUGUUGAUGUUACACAGAAUUAAAAAUAUUACAUAGUGUAAUUAAUUGCGAUGGCAACUGUGACGAUCACUGCAGAGAACGUUUCUCUGCUGAGCGCCGAGAAUUAUUCCAAGCUGCACAGCAAGAACGUCAGGAUCAUCGGUUCGAUCGUCAGUGACGGUCGGGACUUCAGCCUCGUGUGGUGUGGGGGCUCGGUCACGGGCCAGAAACCUCCCGCCUUGAAGCUGGACGUGACCUUGCUCAGAGAAGACAUUCUCACUCGGGUGCCCGUCCAAGUGUACGGCGAACUCACACUCGACGAAGGACAGUGCCUCCGACUGAAGGCGCACUUCUACAGGGAUUUCCGCAGUGUGAACGUUGGCUACUACGAAGCUGCCGCGGCAUCCUUGCAAGACCAGAUAAGGUGUCCGCUGCUAGUUUCGCAGGCCGGUGACAUAGACGAUUACAUAUCUGAAGUAACCGAACAGCUGCUCCCCCAGUAACAAACUGAAAAUGUUUUCAGUGUUGGUGUCCUAAAACUUAACAAUGGUUUUGCGCUAAUACGAGAGUCUUCAAGGAGAGCCGAGACCAGAAAAAAAAAAUUACAAACAAUACUUUUGUUUCAUACUUUUAUACUAAAGAUCAUAGUGUUACCUCUAAACAGGUGUUUUUUUUUUUCAGUACGUUACUACCUCCUUCAAAAACUGUCGUCAUUUUUUAUAAUCAUACAAGUAGCUUGUCGAUCCAAAAUUUUAAAAUCAUUAAGCUUGCAAAAUCAAACUUUUUUAAGUGGAAAAUUAGGGUUUAUCUUUAUAUUGGUCCUGAUAAUGUUUUUUUUAAUGAAAGAUUCAUAAAAUUACUCUCUUUUCAGAUUAUAACUUAUUAGUACAAACAGUUUCAUACUUUAAUGCUUGUUUCUCUCUCUCACCUAUUCACUGGAAGAGAACACCAAAAUGUUUAUAUUAAGAAGAAAAAAACAUGAAGAGUGAUAAAGUGUUAUACUAUAAAUAUUUAGCAGGGCUGUAUUUAUUAUUAAUUUAUGUCAAGAAUUUGAUUUAGAAUCUUUUUUACAUUCUCAUAUAUAAUUGUUUCUCAACAUGUUAUAGCUGAGAUAUUCUUUGUUAUUAACAAUUUUUUUUAAUAUUAAAAUUUGAGUGUUUGUUUUAACUAGGAAGAAAAAAAAAUGAAUUUUAAAUAAAGGUACAAUUGAAAAGGUACUUUAAAAAAAAAGGUACAAUUCACAACUCUUGAGAGAAGAGUGAGACACGAUCUACAUGACCAAAUGAAAAUUGCUUGUUCAAUAUGAGCACACAGACUUUAAGACCAUUGUGUCAUACCAAUUUCCGACAGGUUAGUUUUAAGUUUUAAUAUUCGUCUGGAAUCUUUCAAUGUUUUCUGUUGAAAAUUAGCUAUUUUAAAAUUAAGAACAAAGAACGGUACACAGCUGCAGUAGUAAUUCUAUAAGUUAUAAGGUACCAACAGAUUGAAGUCAGAUAAAUAAAAAUUUUUUCCAAGCAUUA